AGCCUACAGGUGUGUUAUACCUUUGCAAACAGAGGCAGACAAGCAUCGGCUCGGGAAGAUACUGUAGUGCGUCAUAAUAUUCCUGAAGAACCAUGUCUGGGGUUGCGUCGAAACUUCAACGAGACAGGGCAAGGGCAGCCGGUAUUGGCGCCAACGGAAAUGCAGUGAAAUAUAUGAACCAGGACUUCGAUUGUUUAAGAAAUGAAUGUCUGCAGGCUGGUAAACUCUUUACAGAUGAAACGUUCCCUGCUUUGGCGUCUUCUCUGGGAUAUAAUGAACUGGGGCCAAAUUCCUCUAAAACACAAGGUGUUAGCUGGAAAAGACCCACGGAGUUGUGUUCCAGCCCACAGUUUAUUGUGGGGGGUGCCUCCAGAACUGAUAUCUGCCAAGGGGCCCUGGGGGACUGCUGGCUCCUGGCUGCCAUCGCCUCUCUGACCCUCAACGAGGAUGUUUUGGCCCGGGUCGUUCCCAGCGGACAAAGCUUCAAGGAGAACUACGCCGGAAUCUUUCACUUCCAGUUCUGGCAGUUUGGAGAGUGGGUUGACGUGGUGAUUGAUGACAGACUGCCCACGAGGAACGGAAAGCUGCUGUUUGUCCACUCAGCCGAGGGGUCAGAGUUCUGGAGCGCUCUGCUGGAGAAGGCCUACGCCAAGCUAAACAGCUCUUACGAGGCUUUGUCGGGCGGGAGCACUACUGAAGGGUUUGAGGACUUCACUGGAGGCAUUGCAGAGGCUUACGAUCUCAAGAAGCCUCGCCCCCAGCUUUUCAAGAUCAUCCAGAAAGCUCUGAGGAGAGGGUCUCUCCUGGGCUGCUCCAUAGAUAUCACAAGCUCUGCAGAAACAGAAGCUGUGACAUCACAGAAGCUGGUGAAGGGGCACGCCUACUCAAUCACUGCAGCUGACGAGGUGGAAUAUCAAGGCCAGCAGGAAAAGCUGAUCAGGAUCCGUAACCCAUGGGGUCAGGUAGAGUGGACUGGACCCUGGAGUGACAAUUCUCAACAGUGGAGCUCCACCAGCGAAGCUGACAGGAGGAGACUGAGAAACAACUCAGAAGACGGAGAAUUUUGGAUGUCCUUCUCUGAUUUCCUGACUCACUACUCCCGUGUGGAGAUCUGUAACCUGACCCCCGAUGCCCUGACCAGUGACGAGUACAAUAAGUGGGAUUUGUCCAAGUAUGAGGGGAGCUGGAGGAGCGGCUCCACUGCUGGCGGCUGCAGGAACUACUCGGACACUUUCUGGACGAACCCCCAGUUUGUGCUCAAGCUGGAGGAGGUGGACGAUGACCCUGAUGAUGGGGAGGACGGCUGCACCUUCCUGGUGGGUCUGAUACAGAAGAACCGCAGAAGGCAGAGGAAGAUGGGAGAGGACAUGCACACCAUCGGCUUCGCCAUCUACGAGGUUCCGGAGGAGUAUGCCGGGAAAAGGAAUGUGCACCUGAGCAAAAACUUCUUCUUGAGGAAUCAGUCCAAGGCGCGCUCCGAGACCUUUGUCAACCUGCGGGAGGUGUGCAGCCGCUUCAAGCUGCCGCCCGGAGAGUACCUCGUGGUCCCCUCCACCUUCGAGCCGCACAAAAAUGGGGACUUCUGUCUGCGUGUCUUCGCAGAGAAACAGGCCGAGACGCAGGAGCUGGAUAACGAGGUUCAAGCAAAACUGGACGAGGUUGAAAUUACUGAAGGUGACGUUGAUGACAAGUUCAGGAAACUGUUCUCCAAUCUAGCAGGACAGGACAGUGAAAUUUCAGUGUUUGAACUGCGUAACAUACUUAACAAAGUAGUAUCAAAGCGUUCUGACAUUAAGACAGACGGAUUCAGCCUGGAAACCUGUCGGACCAUGGUCAACCUUUUGGAUAAAGAUGGAACUGGGAAGUUGGGUUUGGUGGAGUUCAAGAUACUGUGGACCAAAAUUGAGGGCUAUCUGAAUAUCUACCGGAGUAGAGACGUUGAUCGCUCUGGUACUAUGAGCUCACAUGAGAUGCGUGUGGCCAUCCAAGAAGCAGGUUUCACUUUAAACAACAUGUUGCUCCAGACUGUGGUUGCGCGUUACUCCGAGGCCGACCUCACGGUUGACUUCGACAACUUCGUUGGGUGUCUGGUUCGUUUGGAAACCAUGUUUAAACUGUUUAAAGCCAUUGACACAGAGAAAAGUGGAUCUGUGGAGUUUACACUAUUGGCAUGGCUGAAUUUCACAAUGAUUUAAGGCAGCUGAGAGCUCCAGCAGUCAGUCCCAGCAUGAACUGUCUCAAGGAUUUGCUGCCUGAAACACAGAAAAGCUGUGGCAAGGCUACUGCAGCUCAUUCAAGCUGUGCCGUACGAGACAGGGAGACUGUCAAAUGGAUUUGCUUUUAUACUGCUCUGAUAUACGAUUUCUCAAUUGAUAUUUAGAAAUGAAGGACUUUGCAGUUCUGUUGUUUUAAAUUAUAUUUUGUUGCAUUUUUGUUUGGUACCUGUCAAUGGUGGCUAACAUUCGAGAAGGGCUACCUCACUAGUACCAUAAACUAAUUUACUUGGACGUAUUGAAAUAAAUAUAUUGUAUGCUGCAAUUAACUGACUAAGGUGUAUGGGCAGACUUUUUUGCAGAAAAUGCCUUUUAUUAUAAAACAAAAAGCAUGCUUUUACUAUGGGAAACUGUAAUAAGGGUUGUGGUAGCAGUAACAAAAAUACUACUUUAGAGAAGAUAAUUCAAGACUGACACUAUCAGUACAUAAUGGGUUAUAUUUUAUUGAAUAAAGAUCCUAACCCUAAAGCUUUAUGUAAAGUGUUCAUCAAACUACUAUAUUGCCACAUGUUUUCACUUUUGUGGUUUCUGGUGCAUGGGUACUUAAAGGGAGUGUUGAUCAGUGUGGAAGUAUAACAAAAUGUUUACCUUUG